AUAUAACCGACAACAAAACAAAUAUGGCGGAAAGUGGAGAACAAGAAUCUCCACUGAUGUCAGUUAAUUCAUCCGCAGAGAUUGAUAUUGAAGGUGAUAUAACAGUUCCUGGUGCUCCUGAUAGUGAUGAUGAACCAAGUACUUUAGAUGAACCAGUCUCGGAAACAUUGGUAAGACACUUUUAUAAUACAUGGCCAAAUUAAUACAUGGGCAAGUCACAAGUGCACACUGACACACUCUAGAAUUUUUUGUCCAAUGACUUUUCACACUUGUUACCUGCAACUUGUACUGUGUAACACUAACUUAAAUGCACAUUUGAAUAAAGUUCAGACAGGAUUGCUGCACACCUGAGAUUGCGUCGAAAACUUGUAGUGCAGUCUCGAGACUCAACAAUUCAGGCCUUAAAAUAUUGGUCGGUCACUCAGACUGGAAAGUUUGUACUGCGCAAACGCGAUCUCGGUUGCGCAAUUUUUUUCAAAAUGCGCGCUCAGACGCGCAAUUUUCAAAAAUCUGUUGUCAAACGCGCAAUUUCAAAAUGAGGCGCAGGUGAAAUUGAAAAUGCACAAUUUUUCAAGCGUGUUAAAAUUACACUUUUUAUCAAGCGCGCACUGCAUGAGACAAAUCAGCGCGCAUGAAAAAUGUCGCGAGACACAGGAAAUCCGCAAUUUUAUGCGCCUCUCAAAUUUAUACAUGCCAGCGGCCGCAAAUUUUAGCUGUUAUGUGUGAUCAAUGUGGCAUUGGCAUGGUGAAUGUUCAUUUCUGACGAGGCACAAUAAUAACCAAUAAACAUCAGCCAUUCCGAAAUUUGAUCUAAUUGUAUUUCGGCGGUCUUUUGGUUUUGGCUUUUCAAGGCGAACAUCGACCAUUGAGGGCCUGUGCUGUUGUUCCACGGCGAUCAUUCAUCAAGAGACUAUUGAAUAAUUUCUGUAGUGUUGUAAAUUGUUUCAUGUUUUUGUGUCGCACUUUAUGGAAAUGUCAAAUUUGUAUUCUGUAUUAUCAGAAACUGAAUUGUGUACAAAUAUACAAUAACACAUUACACACAUAUAUAAUACACUGACGCGUGUUGUUCAGGAUGGAAUGAUUCGAAUUUCGAAAUGUUGAAAUGCACUACAACUGAAUAACAGAAUAAGGAAUCAUUUAUAAAGGAAUCAUUUAUAAAUUAUAAAUAUAAUCAUGACAGCAGUCAGCGUCUCAGUGUGCCAAAUUGCCAACUUCGGUAAAUAACUGAAUUUGAGAGGGCCGAAAUCAUCCAUCUAUAUAUACCAUCUGCUAACAUACUUGAUACUUCAUGAAGUAUGAUACAGAUAUAUCAUACAGCCCGAAUAUUUAUCCGCGAUCGGAGUCUGAUUGAUCCGAUGGACAAACAUGUCUACCGUCGGAGAAUAGUUUGUCCGAUGCGGGACAAAUAUACGUAGACAAAUAUAUUAUAGCAUAACGUGAUAUUAAUUUAUUUUUAUAAGGACUAUUACAACAGUCAGGCAUGACAUAUAGGUCGGACCGUUAUAUUUUCGAAAUGUUUUUUGUGUGUGCAUGUACAAAACUUUUACCGUUGGUGAAGUGACGUCAUUUGAAUGCCAGGGUUGCAAAGUAAAGAGCCUGGGCAGGAGGCUAUGCCACAAUGUAAGUGGCAAAUGUCAAAUGGUCCGAUCGAUCGAUCGGAUCCAUCGGAUAAGACGUUUACGGUCGGACAAAAAUUUUACCGAUGGUGAAAUGAUGUCAUUUGAACGCCAGGGUUGCAAGGAAAGAGCCUGAGCAUGAGGCUAUGCCACGAUCGAUCGGAUUCAUCGGACAAGCUGUUUACGGUCGGACAAAGAUUUUACCGAUGGUGAAAUGACGUUAUUUUCAAAUCUAGGUUGCCGAAAGUAAAGAACCUGGGCAGGAGGCUAUGCCACAAUUGAAGUGGCAAAUGUCAGAUGGUCCGAUCGAUCGGAUCCAUCGUACAAGCGUGUUUACGGUCGGACAAAAGUUUUAACAAUGGUGAAAUUACGUCAUUUGAACGCUAGGGUUGCAAACUAAAGUAUAAAGAGGCUGGGCACGAGGCUAUGCCAAAUGUAAGUGGCAAAUGUCAGAUGGUUCGAUCAAUGUAUUUAAAAAUGCUAAACAUUGUGUCCUGAAUACAUUAGAUUUUAAACCCGCGCCUCAUUGGAUAGCAUAUCUCAGACCCUAUAGAUUUGAGUUGUUGGAAGGUUAGACUAAUCGGCGAAACAAGUUAGUGACGGAGUUAUGGUAUUUCACAUAAACAUCCAAGGAAGUACUUAACUGAAGAUUCUGUAAGAAUAUAUCUACAGUAUAAUGUAACGCUGUGCAUCACAAAAUGCACGAAAUGCAGUUCUAGCGGUGGAAAAACACAAACAUUUUCUGGGGGAAAAUCCCCCAGAUCCCCCUUACUAUUACAUACAAUAGUGUGAUCCCUCUUUGUAGAUUGCUAUCUUCCCACAGACAAAUUCUUAAAAAAGGCUCUGGCAAGCAACGAAUGUUGGUGAGCGUUCCGUAUGGUGGUGCAUGUGAAUGUGAUCAUUCUUAAAAAAUUUAAAUUUCGUAAGCAAAUAAACUAUCAUAGAACAUGAACAGCUGUAAUAAACAAUUUUACUUUGUCACGUUUGGCGAUAACUAAAAACUAUGAAUUAUAUUUAAAACUGCACGCGUUAAUUUAGACACCAGACGUGCAGAUUCGAAAACUAGAUGCGCAAAAAUCCGGAAAAUUUUGAUCUCGGUUGUGCAAUUUGCAAACUUUCCAGUUUGGUCGGUCACAGACAUUGUCCGACCCAUUCGUGAAAUUGUCCGACGUAGAGAGGAAACCACCGGACAUUCUGCCCGACCAAAGUGAAACUGAGUUUUAUUGUUUGUCCGACCCAAGUGUAUUGGUGUCCGACUUAACUGUAGCUUUGUCCGAUGUAAAUCAAAAUGUACCCUAGCCCAGGAAUAGAUGCUAGCUUGUAUGUUAAAUGGAAAAUCAGAGUACUAUUGUAUAAACGGUGAACUGGAAAUGUUGUUUUAACGUAGUUGAGCACGGGCGGCGAGCGAAAUGGUGAAGUGGAAAACGGGCUUAAGUUGUCGAAGUCUUUUUUAAUACUGCUGCUCUGGCAAGCAAGCUAAUUUUGGCUUGGAAAUAAGUAUGAAAGAAACAAAUUAUUAAAUAUCUUUACAACAUUUACCGUUUAUUCAUUUGUGUCAUUCAGACUUAUUUCCGAGUCAAAACUGAACUGAAGGUCAUCGGACAUAUUUCCGACCCAAACUCAACAUCACCGGACAUUUUGUCAAACGGCCCUGUAAAAGAUAUUUUAAGGCCUGCUCAACAUUCAAUUUUAAUUUAUAAUAAAGAUGUCCAGAUUUGACUUUCACUACUGCUACCGCUUGCAGUAACCAAUCAGAUGGGUUGAACCUACCCAAUGGACCAUUUGCAUUAUAGACUAAAUUUUGAUCUGGACAAAAAUUUCAUCACAGCUUGAAAGAGCAUCACAAAAUUAGUAAUAUUCCAAAGUUUCGUUGCAAAAUGUUGUAAAAUGCGGAUAAUAUAGCCAUGCGAAAUUUGCCGUUUUUCAGUCAUUUUGUAUUGCGCACGGGAAAUCGACAGCCCAAUCGGGUGUUGGGGCAUCAAUUUCCCGUUUGUAAUACAAAAUGACUGAAAAUUGCAAAUUUCGCAAGGCUAUAUUAUCCGCAUUUUACAACAUUUCGCAACGAAACUUUGGAAUAUUACUAAUUUUGUGAUGCUCUUUCAAGCUGUGAUGAAAUUCUGGUCUAGAUCAAAAUUUAGUCUAUAAUGCAAAUGGUCCAUUAAUCAAUCAGAUGUAUACUAAGCAAAGUGAGAGUUGUGGUAGCAAUCGUGGCAGUCAAAUCUCACCCUGAUUCAGGAAUACGUCAUUUUUUAGUCAUAAAGUUGAUUCCAAUUGAUUACUUCCUUCUUGAAAGCCAAUUCCUACACUAGGUAUUGUAUGUUGAAAGGCCAAUUUCGAUUCGCAAUUUGAUGUAGGUCAAUAUUUGGUAUAUUAAUGACACAAUUUAUGACAAAUUUCCCACCCCAGGGAACCUUAUUCUACUUUCAAAGAGGAUAUUCCAGGAACGAUCCCCACCAUGGUCCAGGAAAUAUCUGCCAUCCGGAGGGGGCAAAAACCUACUUCUGAUAAUAGUAAAUUUCCUCCUUGGUGAGUUAUGGAUGUUAUUAUUAUUAUUAAUUACACACAGGGGCAAAACUUGACGGGGGUAUGGGGGGUGACUCCCCCCCCCCAAAGUACGAAUCAUCUGGAUUGGCAGGGCGAAUCAUCUGGAUUGGCAGGGCAAUCAAAGAUUUUAAAUGAUAGAAUGUAGAGUUAUUAAGUAACUUACAGGGAUUUAUAGACCCAAAUUUUACAGAUAUUGGUCCAAAAAUAAGGGUUUCAUGCAUGUUUUAACAGGAAUUUGUACGGAAAAAAUUUUUUGACCCUUAAUUUAUUUGGUUUAUGUACGGAAAAAUUUUUUCGACCCUUUUUUGGAAUGUCUGAAAAAAAUGUUUUCAACCUCGCCAACAUUUUUGGGAAAAAUAGUGGCCAAAAAAAAAUUGCUGCAGGGCAUCAUCAGCUUUUGCAGGGCAAUUCUAGCAGACACCCCUAAUUAAAAGGGGUUAGUUUCGCCCCUGAUUACACAUUGAUAUUUAAUGUUUACUAGACUGCUCUGUUUUUAGAAAAGGGAUGCGAAAGCUGUUGGCAAGAAAUUUUUCCAUGUCUUGUGGCCAAGAGAAACAAAAACAUUGUUGAGAGAAUGUAAUUAUGGCUUAAAUUAUUUUUAAAUUCCUUAUAUUCUUUUAAAUUAAUUUUUAGAUCAGUUGUUAUUGAUCAUGCAGUGCCAAAGUGGGAACUGAGUAGGCCAUUUGUGCCCCCUCCAGCCCACCUUGUUCUCCAGAAAGUUCGAAAUAUAUGUGUGGUGCACUAUUCUUGGGUUGUAUUGGAUGUCAAAACAUCUACAAUUAAAGCUUCGAUUUGCUAUUUUUGAUAUGUUUUGUAUAUUGCUACUACAACUUACUGUUACCAAGCAUUUUGGGUUGAUUUCUUCUUUAUAGUUAUCGAAUUUUUGAAAAAUAUUUUUGCUGAUGUCAGGAUUAUUUUUGAACAUUGUCAAUAUCAUGUUAAUUAAAUACACACAAUUUCGACAUUACAUACAACAAUGCCUCUGUUAGUCCAUCAAUUACAAUGUUGCUAUAUAACCUAAUUAUUGUUUUAACAUUUUAUUAAUUUGUUUUAGGGGAUCUAUGGGGGCCUCUGGUGUUGUGUAUAUUCUUGGCUGUGUAUGUAUAAUUAUGUAUUAAUGAUGUUUUAUUUUUCACUCAUUAUCAUAACAAAAUUUUAAAUAAUAUUUCCUUUCAUAGAUGGUUUCCUCUACUGUGUUUUCAAACAUUUGCAUCUUGUGAAUUGUGUUUGGUGUGAUUAGAAUUUUAAAUUAAAUGCAAGGGUUAAAGAUCUACCUAAAAUUCAGAAACAAAAAUGUUCGUGACAUGUUCUUUAGAAAGAUUAAUUUUAUUCGAUAUUCCAUUGAAAUAUUGAAUUCUCUAUAAUUUUACUUCUGUCGUCCACCCAAGCAAGUAGGCACAUUCCGUCAUGUCUAUUUCAUGCGGGUUUUUUGCCCACAGGAGAACAAUGUACAUGCUUGGCAUCUGCUAUAUGCAGAGAUCAAUAUAAUUCUGAAAACUUGGUCUGAAAUUGUGUCAGACCAACCCAUGUUUUGGUCGGACAUGAUCAGACACUUAAUUAUUCUCAAUAUAGGGACAUUGUCAGUUGUCAGUACUAGAAACCAAAACCGUAACAUUAACUAUCAAUAGUCCAUAUGCAUAUGCAUAAUGGUUAACAAAAUUACACAAUACAAAAACUCAAAGUUGUAAACAAUUUGAACUUCGUGAUCGCAUGACAUAAAACUGACAUGUCAACUCUAGUUAUUUUCGGCUUGGUCGCGUAAUUUUGAAAACGAGUGUAAUACAUAAGAUAAAAAGUCUCUCUCGUGUAAGGAAACAUUUGUUUGGAAAGUAGGAGCAAAAUCAAGUCUCCUCUUUCGAAUCGUCCAAAUUUUAAAAAUCACUGGAAAUUCAGACUGAUAUAAAUUUCUUGUAAUCUUGGUAUUGAAGCAGUUAUUAAUAGACACGGUUGUUUUAAUCGACGAGACUACAUAGUGUUAUUGUGUGGAUCGGCACGAAGUCAGAUUCUGUGAUUGUCUAGCAGACGGAAUCUUUGUUUGCAUGUGUUAAAGAUUACAGAUUUUGCUAUUAAAAAGAAUUGCAACAAUAAAGGAAGAAAUAUUCAAAUUGAUGAGACAAAACGGUCGGCCAUAAUGUCCGUGCAAAGUAAUCAGUAGACGGCCAUAUCAGCAUUUUGCUCAGCUAUUGACCGGUGGCCGACCGUUAUAUUGAGCUCUGGCUAUAUGACUUGGUCACAGUCACUAAAGCAAAUGUUCCUCUUUAAUUCAGGGUAUUUGAAAAACGUGUUGAAAAUAGCUAAAUGUACUUUAGGAUGCUACAAGGUUCACACAGUUUGAUAUCAGGUGAAGCUGCUGGUGGUCCUGAGUUUGCUGAGGUUUUUGUCAUUGUUUGGAUUGGGUCUUCAUUGGUCACACUUAAUUCAAAACUCUUGGGAGGGACAUUGUAAGUAGUGAUUGAUCGAUUGUGCAACAAUCGGAAAUUAUCGAUUAUUCAUGCCACAAUCUGACCGAUACCGAUUUUAUAAUGACGUCAUAAUAUCAGUCGACCGACAAGGCAAAAAUCGGCCCGAUGCCGAUUAUCGGUCAAUCACUAAUUGUAAGUACUUUAACAAUGUUCACGGUUUAUAUUCUUUUUUAAGAAAAUAGAGUGUCUGAAUAAUCAUAGGUUUGCGAAACCUUGAUAUUUAUUUAACUUUGCCAAAUACAUUUAUCAUUAGCACUGUACAACAUGGAUAUUUUUAAUGUUCAAUAUGAAUAUACGGACGAAUGGUUUUAUCCAACAAAUUUUGCGGUCAUUUACAUACACAGUACAUGUUUUUGAACAAGACUAUAACACGUCUUAACAAGACAUGCAACCACUGGUUGCAUGUCUUGUUAAGACGUGUUAGUCUUGUUCAAAAACAUGUACUGUGUAUGUAAAUGACCGGACAUAUGAAAAAUACGAAAAAUAUUAAUAGAUUCAUAUGAAAAAUAUUAAUAGAUUCAAUGGCGUAAUGUCUAAUGAUUUGACCUGGAUCAAUAGACAAUAGAAAUUUUAUUUCCUAAAACGAAAAUGCAUUUAUCCGAGUUUUGAAGCUGUUCGGAGACAGUCGUGCGUAAAGUGCACAAAAGCUCUUGCUAGUCCCCAGUCGCUCAUGAUGAGAAAGCUUUUCCAUGAAUAAUUCUGCGAAUGUUUUCGUAGCGAUUUUUGAGGGAGUGAACUGUGGAAGAUUCAGGUAAAAGUCUACAGCAGACUUAACGCCGAGAUACACCGCGCGCGAUUUGACAACUUUUUUCGAUUUAUGAUGAAAUGUUUAUUGGUGAUGAAUUUAUGAUCGUUAAUGAUGAAAAUAAAAUGACAGCGUUGUCAUGAGUUACAACUGAUAACUGCCGCAAACCUAUUUCAAAACAUCUUGUUCAAAACAUAUUGUUGACGAGAUGUGAGAUUUCACUUAUGUAUACGUAGGUUUCAGUAAGCAUUACUACUUAUGCCGCACGUGGUAUUGAACGUCAAAACAAUCGAUAGGUAUUUAAGUGAUGUCAAUAUUUUUCAUUAUAUAAUUUAUCCAUCUAUUCGGUAGCAAGUAUAACAUUGUUUAAUUUAACAUCAUCCUCCAGUUGACCUUAGAAGUCCUUACGUCACGUCACUGUAUCCCCACAUUGCUUUGCGUAUACCUAAUGUUUUGAUGGGUUGAAAAUUGUGACGUAAACACUUCUAAGUGUUAUAGCUGACGGUAUCGUGAGCAGACUUUAUCUGAAUCCAUUUAUGCAUUAGCAGUGAGAUGUCGUCACGUAUCAAAAGACUGCGGGACACUAGAGUGGCCAGGGGGAGGACAGGGCCGUAGGGAAGAGGCUCAGGUUUGGGGGGUGUCAUCGCAUUUGCCGACAACAUUUCAGUCGCUAACUAAUAUUUCUUAGCGGGGGUGGGGGUGUUAAAAAGUUUCCAGACGGACAUACCAUUUUUCUCUAAUCCCCAAAAUAAUGUACCGUCAUUUGUUAAAAUUUUCGGUAAUAUUUUCGUAAAUUUCUCAAACUUUUUACUAUAACUAUUACUUUUUAAUCAGACCCACUUAAAUAUUUUCGCUGACUACGAAAACGGUUUGCCGAUAAAUUCGUUAUUUUGCCCACACUACGCCUCUGGUUCGAAUUUUCCGAAUAGGCUUGUAAGUUUUCCGAAUAGUGCAAUUAUCCAAUACCCCCGCACCCCCCAUACCCCCUCGCUACGGCCCUGGGGAGGACUGCCCCCUAAUAAUUUCUGAAAGCCUGAUUCACUGCGUAACAAAGCAAAAACAAUAAUUUUAUCAUCAUGAGAGGAUUUGUAGGCUGUAAAUUAGGCAAAUUUCGAUGACAACUAUAGCACAAUUUUAAGAACUGAGAUUUGUAGCAACAAAGGGGUGGUAUUAAAGAUGGUGGCAACCUAAAUUCGCCCCUCCCCCACUAUUUUGCGAAGUAUCGGCCACUGCAUACAAACAAUAAUCAUAUUAAUAUAAUUUUAUAAUUUCAGAUCAUUUUUUCAAAGUGUUUGUGUACUUGGUUACUGUGUUCUUCCGCUUGAUAUGGCGCUGUUGAUAUGUCAACUUAUACUUCUUGCAAGUCAAACAACGUUACUGUUUGCCAUUCGAUUUGCCAUCGUUAUUUUGGCAUUUGCAUGGUCAACAUUUGGUAAGAGUUAAUAAAAUAUUUUCUAGUUGAAAUCAUAUUUAAAAUAGUUGGGAAAUUUCACAGCUGAAAUACAUUAGUACAUUACUUAUACGAAUUCUAAGUUGAUGGAAGAUUUUUUAACUGAUCUGGCCAACCAAGCAUCAAUAGACAAUUCCCGGGCCAUUAUAGACUAAUUUUAAAACUAGGCAAGGAGAUGCAAAUAAAUCACCACAGCUGGAUAGAGCACACUAAAAUGAGUAAAUUUACAAAGUUUGGUUGCGAAAUGUUGUAAAAUGAGGAAAAUAUAUUGUAUACUUUUGUAUUGCGUGUGGAAAUUGCUACCAUUUUCGGCCCAAAUGUGGUCGGAAUGUGGUAGGAAUUUCCGCACGCAAUACAAAAAGUAUACAAAAUUUGUGAACUUUGCAAGGCUAUAUUUUCCUCAUUUUACAACAUCUCGCAAGCAAACUUUGUAAUUUCACUAAUUUUAGUAUGCUAUUUCUAGCUGUGUUGAUUUAUUAGCAUCUCCUUGCCUAGUUUUAAAAUUAGUCUAUAAUGGGAAUUGUCUAUUGAAGACGUCAUGUUGUUAAAACGGAAGGGGUCAUUUAUCUUGGCAUGUCCCUCUAUCAUAGUUUGUUAUGUAAUAUACGGGGUUUGAUACUUGUAAGUAUUUGUCGUUUAUCCCAUAUCUAUAGCAUUUAUUUCUUUAAUUUUAGACUUUAAUUUUAAUUAUAUUAUUAAUUCAGAAUUGAGAUGUUAUACUAGGCAAUUAUAUUUCUGUCCUGGUUUAUGUAAUCACUAGCAUAAAAAAUUAAAAAGUUACUAAAAGUUAUAAAAUGAAGCUUUCGGACUGAGUAUCCAUCAUCAUAGUCUGCAAACCCAGAUUCAUUUCCCACGCUCGUUCUUCGCUCGGAAAGUAACUUUCCGAGCGAAGAAUGAGCGUGGGAAUGACGUCUGCGUUCGCAAACUACCAUCACCAGGAUCAUCCUCGUCCCCAGGGCCUCUCGGCCGCACGCGUCCUCCGUAGCCCUGGGACACACGGAACUGGAAGUGCAAGAAAACUUGCAGUAGUUUCUAAAGCGCAUACUCUUGGAUUGGGACGCUUUAGUACCCGUAACAAUUUCCACAGUGAAGUAUUACGAAGAAACGAAGUAUUUGUAUUGACAUAUGUUGAUAGAAUAAUUUUGCCCAGCGAAAACUGCUCAACUUCUGUGAAAUAGCAGUUUUUUGAGAAGCCAAUCAGACCUAUCCCUUUAGUCGUCUAACCCAGAGCCUAAUUUUCAAUGAGUGACCGAGUGAAAAUGGCUCUGGGGACGAGAAUGCAUCAGGAUUUACAUGGAUUUACAUAUUAAUUCUUGAUAUUGUUUCUAGCAUCCGUAAAGUUUUUGGGUGACAGUCAACCAUCACAUCGGAAAGCGUUAGCUGUUUAUCCAAUAUUUUUGUUUUAUUUUGUCAUUAGUUGGUUAGUUAUUUCACAUUCAAGUUAGAGAAUCCACGCAUAUACAUGUAUAUUAGAUUUUAAAUUGUAGAAAUUAACAUGAAUACGAUGGUCUAGUACGGUCAAAGCUUGCAGGAACAAAGAAUUAUCCGAACUACCUUAAGUAAACGUUGUCCAAUGGUAAAGCAGAAUAAGUAGACUUAGUAACUUCUAAUUAACAUGGUGGUGAUAUAAUAACGCAAACCUUCACGAUACGAUUGUCAUAUAUAUCAUAGUCGCACUUGAUUGACACACUUUGUUCGUAUAAGUGAACGCAUCGAUGGUGCCGUGUACACUGCGUUUCUUCAUUUUGCCGUCUAAAUAAAAAUAAUAUCUGAACCACAAAACUCUGUUGUGGCAAAAUUUCAAAUGCGGUUUAAACGGUUGUACCUGAUUUGAUCGAUUACAAAUUUGUAUAUGACAAUCAUAUGGUGUGAUCAUAUUAAUAUGCCAUUUCCUAAUUACGGUCAAAUGCCCCAGACAGACAAUAUCCUAAGGCUUCGUGCAAAGUUGUAAUGUUUCUAUAGCGAAUUUAGCACGAAGCCUCGUUAUUGUUCUUGACAACUAAAGCGUAAUUCGGGAAUGUCAUUACAUACUAUAGUAUGUGGUGAUUGUUGUCUUAGUGCAUAUGUAGUAUAUAUUUAGUAUGCAGUCCAAUACCGUUUAUUUAUAUUAUACGGAAUGAUAAACAAAUCAAAUUGCCCAUUAUUCAAUUGGUUUGUUAUAGCACACGACUGCUGCGGCUACAACAGCAACACCAAUACACAUAAUAGCACCCCCGCUGAUUUCUCCCUCCCACAUAUUUCUGAAAGCCUUCAAAUGAUAGCUGUUGCAACACUGAUUGAAAUCCUUAUUAUUGAAACUUUUAACCGGACACCAUUCUGAUAAAAAAUCCCGAAACAACCUCUAUACAACGAACAGUUUUAUGUGUAGAUCCGGGAAAUUUGAAACUAUAUACUCGAAAAGCUACCAAAACAAACAAAGUGAAUUCUCCAGUCUAGCUACUGUCUCGAAACCUCUUCACCACGGUCACGUGGAACCAACCGACCGCAACCUCGGUUAUAUAGAGGUUCCACUGUAAUCACAAACGAAAGUGAAUUAAACCACAUCAUCUGAUAAACAACAUUUAGUUCCUUGAAUAGCUGUUCAGGGUUUUCGUUUGCACCUAAAAUUACUUCGUAACUACCAGGUAAAUUACUUGAAUUAAUAAGAAAAUUCGUGCAUAUCCGAAAUGAGUAAGUAAUAAUAGAGCAUUGCCAUUGCUGUACAAGCCAUUCAAGAACAAUUGUAUUGUGGCCGUGUGGCGUAACAUUAACACAUGUACAGUACUCUCGAAUUCAUUCUAUAAUUUCAUGUCUUGUGCAUUAAUGUUCAAAAUGUCCGUGUUUUCCAAAAGAACGAAGUCGAGGCUAUACGUGUUUAAUGGUACGCUCCAGUAAUUCUGGAAAAAAAUUAUUCACAAGUUUCAUGGUACAUUUUCUUCCAUAGAUUUGCUCUAAGUUUUUGGUUCUUUAAUGAUAUAUCAGAACUUGUGUUCAACAAUUCUCCUGCAGGUUCCAUAGACCAUAAAUUUAGCUUCUGUUUACACAAUUCUGACACGUGUUCAGGUCCUUGUAUUAAUAAUUGAAUCUUUUCAAUGAUAUGUCGAUAACUAGAUCCAUAGCUUGUCUGAUCUUCAACUGUAUCACAUCUAGAGGUAGACAUUUUAAAGCCGUUACACAGCCCUGAGCCGUUACAUUUGACUACAACAUUCAAAUUUUUAAUAAAAUUGUGCCUGCCUUGUUAAAUAUGGCAAAAAUCAGAUUUCUGAUUUUUACCCAAUAGCUUCAUUUCCAUGUUAACUUAUUUUAGUCUGUCAUGGGCAGAUAAAGAUUGUAUUCCCAUGUUUUCCUAGACGAAUUUGAUUCUUGCUGUUCUUAGGCUCAAUAACAAAGUAAUUUCCAACCCUACUAAGCACAAAACAUGAGUAAGUAUUUGACACGAAAACAAGGCUAUUGGGUGAAAAGUGAAUAACGGCAAGGUCUAUUAAUGAGUUAUAGGGAUUCCUGGUAUUUUGCCUUUCAUUGAAAAUCAGCAAUACUCACUCCAAUAGCAUGAAUUCUCGCGAAUUUUCAAAAUACAAAUUUGCACUCGUCCUGGUCAAAGAAUGCGUUUACAUGAAGACUUCAAUAUCAUGCUUAUGACAACCUGCCCACACACAUCAAUGCUUUGCCCCUAAAUUUAGAUUUCCAAUUGCGUCUGUUUGUUCAUGGCGAAAUUAAAUGGGGUGAAAAAUGUGUGGCAUUGUGGAGAAUAGGCUGCCCCGUUGUUAUGAGUCGACGUCUAGUCCAUUUUGCGUGACGUACACUUACCCAAUACCGAGUAAACCAUCUCCACAUGAGUGUAAGAAAGACAAGUAAUUCUCACAAAACAACGUAUCCAUCGCCGACAUUUCGCAAAGCAAACUUGAUGGACAAGACCACAUUUUUUUAUAAUGAUCUGCUUCAUUAUGUUUCGAACAUUCUGAAAAAAAAAUUGACUGUACUACUCGAACAGGCAAGCUUGUUUUGCCCGACCAAAAGGGUGUGGCGGAAGUAGUGCCCGACGGACAUUUCAUUCGUCUGAUUAAUAUUUAUUUUCCCAAAAUUGUUGGGGGAUCUAGAAAAACAAUUUUUGAACAUUUUCUCAGUAAUAUUUUCGUAAAUUUACCAAACGUUUUCCUACAAUUAUUACUUUUCAAAAAAUUAUGUAACAUUUUUUGCUGAAUUACAUAUUUUUUUGCCCGACGAGCGUGUCGUUAAAAUUGUUAAUUUCGAGUGAAUGUUUUGUGUGGGCGAGAUUUGAACAAUCACACACCAGUUACUGUCGAUGCAAUAGAAGUGUUGAUAAAAUAUUGCACCGACAGUAAACAAUUGCAUCCUGCAAUAAAUCAGAAUAUUGUGUUCCGAAUGAACUAAAAUGAAACGAGGAUUCAGUCAUUUCAGUGAGUUUGGAAACUUUGCUAUUUGUUCUUGUUAAUACUUCUUCAUCGCAUUUGGUAUUACAGUAUCAUGAUGAAUACAUACCGCUUACCUACAAUCCAGUGAUGUACAUGAUAUUUCAUAUGAUCUAAAACAGCCCCACCAUUGCCAGAGGCAUUCACUGGUAUUUCACCUUUCAUUAGGAGAACUAACAUUCUCAAUACAACUUCCAUUCCUUUCUCACUGUACAAAACUAAUGAUUGUACUUUCUUGAUAACUCCAUCGUCACUUAAACCACCGUCUAUAAAGUAAC